UUAAAAUCAGGGAAAAUUUUGGUGCAGUUUUAUUAUAGAGAGCUCAUAAAUUUAAUACUAGGUCGAAUGGAGAGGGCCUUCAAAUCAUUCAUGUCACUUUCAAAUCAUGUGCUUGAGCAAGCUUGAGUAAUCAUGACUAGCUUCACCACCCUUCACAUAUAAGUCUACUACUACUACUACUACUACUACAAAGUAUAAAAGCUCCUCCACAAGAAACAUAUCCAUCAGUCUCUUUCCAUUUUGCCUAUCAGUGUCAGACAUGGUUGAGACCUUAUGGAUAUAGAUUUCAACCACCAACAAGAAAGAGGAACCCAACAAAAACAACAACAUCAGCAGCAACUCAAGCUUUGUCUGCCCUUGGUGAGGCUCAGAAGCUUCGAUAACCACAAGCCGUCCUGCAUUUUGGCGUAUUGGGUAUCGAAAUCUCUUCGAAAUUUCUAUAGCAAGGUUAGGUUCUCAAAAGGGCUUUGCUUGAAAGGGCUUCGGUUUCAGUACAAUGGCAUGGUGGUGAACAACUCUGUUUUUUGUGAUUCGGCUGGGGUUCUUGAAGAAGAGAAAGCCGUAAUGGAGGUUUUGAUUGAAAAGAAGGAAGGCAUUGAAGAUAAAAAUGAACGGUGUAAGAAAAAUGGGGUUGAGAUUGAAACAUUUGCGGAUUUGAUUGAAGAAGAGCGCCGUGAGAGCAGUUCAAGCUCUGAUUUUUUGGCAUCUGAGGCGACAGGGCACGAGGAACAGAGUCACAGUAGCUCUGAGUCAUCUUCACCACCACCUUCAUUGGGUUGGCCAGUUCCGAAAGCAAAGGUACCAGGCUGCACCAGUACUAAUGUUAAUGCAGAUGAAGAGAAACCCCGCUUGGACGAAAGGAAUUUAGAGAAACAAGGUUCAGCAAUAUCAGAGAUUGAGCUGAUGAAGGAAAGGUUUUCAAAAUUGUUGCUUGGAGAAGAUAUGUCCGGUUGUGGAAAUGGGGUUUGCACAGCAUUGGCUAUUUCAAAUGCUAUUACUAAUCUUUGUGCCACUCUAUUUGGGCAACUUUGGAGGUUGGAACCUCUAUCUCCUGAAAAGAAAGCAAUGUGGCGAAGGGAGAUGGAUUGGCUUCUUUGUGUUAGUGAUUACAUUGUCGAACUGAUACCUAAUUGGCAGACAUUUCCAGAUGGAAGCAAACUUGAGGUAAUGACUUGCAGACCCCGCUCAGAUCUUUAUGUUAAUCUCCCUGCCCUACGUAAACUGGAUAACAUGCUUCUUGAAAUAUUAGAUAGUUUUGUCAAUACAGAGUUCUGGUAUGUUGACCAAGGGAUUUUGGCCCCAGACGGUGAUGGAUCAUCCUCUUUCCGAAGAGCACUUCAGCGCCAAGAGGAGAAGUGGUGGUUGCCUGUGCCCCGAGUUCCCCCUGGUGGCCUCCAUGAAAAUUCAAGAAAGCAAUUGCAACACAAACGCGAUUGCACAAACCAGAUAUUAAAAGCUGCCAUGGCAAUCAACAGUAUAACUAUAGCAGAUAUGGAAGUCCCUGAAUCAUACUUGGAAGCUCUUCCAAAGAAUGGAAGAGUCAGCUUGGGAGAUAUUAUAUAUCGAUAUAUUUCAUCAGAUCAGUUUUCUCCUGAAUGUCUACUCGAUUGCCUUGAUUUAUCAACUGAACAUCAAGCUAUAGAGAUUGCCAACCGAGUGGAGGCCUCAAUCUUUGUAUUUCGCAGAAGAGCCAACUCAAAACCUGCCAAUAAUACAACCCGAUCCAAUUCGAAGUCAUCAUGGGAAAUGGUUAAGGACUUGAUGGUUGAUGCAGAAAAAAGGGAAUUGCUUGCAGAGAGAGCAGAAAGCCUACUGCUUUGCUUGAAGCAGAGAUUUCCUGGUCUACCACAGACAGCCUUAGAUAUGAGCAAAAUUCAAUACAACAAGGAUGUUGGGAAAUCAAUUCUGGAGAGCUACUCGAGAGUAUUGGAGAGCCUGGCCUUUAAUAUCGUAGCACGGAUUGAUGAUCUGCUAUAUGUGGACGACUUGACCAAGCAUUCAGAUCAAUUCUCAUCACUCUCUAAAGUUGGUGUGAUUGCUCACAAGAGUGUUCCAAUAUCAUUUUCGGUGCCCAUCUCAAGCACUCCAUAUAAAUCAGCUUUUGCCACGCCAAGCUUUUCACCAUCACAGCUAGUUAGCCCAGCAAAGGGUGAAAGAUCGCCAUUCAUAACUAGCAGCAAGAUUCCACACCGCGGGUUAGGCGUGAAAAAGGUUCUGACAGAUUAUCUUAGUAUUGAUACAAAAGACUAUGAGAAUCCUAUUGAGAAGUCAGAUACAAUAUCAAACACAAUAAGAGAAGUGUCAGCUUCUCAUACUGGAAUAGAGUCUGCUGGCUGUAUGAGAGAACUAGUAAACCCACCAGCAAAGGACUCAAUUUUGGAAAAAUGACACUUGAGUUUGGGCCUUUAGAAACCGUUCUUGAAUGCUUAUAAACCAGCUCUUUUAUGUUUUUUUUUUUUUUUUUUCCGUAGACAAGAAGGUAUAUACGAUAUUGGGAAUGUCUGUUAUGUUUUGUGCUUGUUGUAACAAGAUAUGUAAUGGUGACAAGUUAAAUGCUUCAUGUUCUCAUAGGCAUUUAUAAUCCAAAUGUUGAAU